AUGUCUGAAGCUGGAGAUCUACUGGAUCGGGACCAGUUUACCUGUCCAGUCUGUCUGGAUCUACUGAAGGAUCCGGUGACUAUUCCCUGUGGACACAGUUACUGUAUGGGCUGUAUUAAGGGCUGCUGGGAUCAGGAUGAUCAUGCUGGUGUCUACAGCUGUCCCCAGUGCAGAGAGACCUUCAUCCCAAGACCUGUUUUAAGAAGAAACAUCAUAGUGACUAAUAUGGUGGAGAAAGUGAAGAAGACAGGACUCCAAGCUGCUCCUCCUCCUCACUGUUAUGCUGGACCUGGAGAUGUGGCGUGUGAUUUCUGCACUAGGAGAAAGUUCAAAGCCGUCAAGUCCUGUCUGGUGUGUCUGGCCUCCUACUGUCAAACUCACCUGCAGCCUCACUAUGAAUCUCCUGCCUUUAAGAAGCACAAACUGGACCAAGCCACUGGAAACCUGCAGGAGAAGAUCUGCUCUCAUCAUGACAAAGUGCUGGAGAUUUACUGCCGCACUGAUCAGCAGUGUAUCUGUUAUCUGUGUAUGAUGGAUGAACACAGAGGCCAUGAUACAGUCUCAGCUGCAGCGGAAAGGACUGAGAAACAGAAACAGUUUGGAGCAACACAGAGGAAAUUCCAGCAGAGAAUCCAGGAGAGAGAGAAGGAGCUGCAGGAUCUGAGACAGGCUGUGGAGUCACUCACGCACUCUGCACAGGCAGCAGUGGAGGACAGCGAGUGGAUCUUUACUGAGCUGAUCCGCUCCAUUAAGAGAAGGCGCUCUGAGGUGAAACAGCUGAUCAGAGAUCAGGAGAAGGCUGCAGUGAGUGGAGCUGGAAGACUCCUGGAGCAACUGGAGCAGGAGAUUGCUGAGCUGAGGAGGAGAGAUGCUGAGAUGGAGCAGCUUUCACACACAGAGGAUCACAUCCAUUUCCUCCAGAGCCAUCAGUCUCUCUGUGCCCCUCCUGGACCUGGAGACUCACCCAGCACCACUGUCAAUUCAUACUUUUUUGAGGCUGUGAGGAAAUCUGUCUCUGACCUGAAAGAACGAGUGGAGGGCAUCUGCAAGGGGGAAUUAGACAAGAUCUCAAAAACAGUGAAAGAAGUCCAUAUAUUAGAGCCCAGGACCAGAGAGGAUUUCUUACAAUAUUCCUGUCAGCUCACACUGGACCCCAACACAGCACAUAGAAAGCUCCGUCUGUCUGAGGGGAACAGAGCGGUGACAUGUGUGAUGAAGACCCAGUCAUAUCCUGAUCAUCCAGAGAGAUUCAACGACUUGGUGCAAGUGCUGUGCAGAGAGGGUCUGUCUGGACGCUGUUACUGGGAGGCUGAGUGGAGUGGGGAUUAUGAGGUUUCUAUAGCAGUCUCAUAUAAAGAGAUCAGCAGGAGGGGAGGAAGUGCUGACUGUGGUCUGGGAUGGAAUGACAAGUCCUGGAGUUUGUGCUGCUCUCCUGCCACAUGCUUUUUGUGGCACAAUAAUAAUCACACUGCAAUCCCUGUCCCCCUCUUUGCCAGAAUAGGAGUGUACCUGGAUCACAGGGCAGGAACUCUGUCCUUCUACAGCGUCUCUGACACAAUGACCCUCCUCCACAGAGUCCAGACCACAUUCACUCAGCCCCUCUAUGCUGGGUUUCACGUUUAUUGGAAAGGAGCAUCUGUAAAAUUAUGUGAUCUUAGAUGAGAGAGAAAAGAUCAACUACAAUUGUAGAAAAGGGCCACGUGUCUUUGUUUGCGCACCACCCCCACCUCUCACAGGCACUAUGUUUACAACCUAGUUGAAACCUGUCCAAACCAGUCCUGCUGCUCCCCUUAUCAGCAGGACCCCCACAGGCAACCCAAGGACGGCCCCCAGGCCACAAUUUGCCCGCUGACCUGUCCGUAUCCUUUGGCCACCAAUAAGAACCUCAA